AGCUGUAUUUUGUUAAGAAUAGUCUUCCCGAAAUGGUGUCAGAUGAUCAUAACGUUGUUAGACUAUUUCACCAGAUUGACUCCUCUAAUGUGCUGCGAAGGUAUCAUCUUGAAGUGGGAAGUUCCAUACAUACUUUGGGGAAUGAUUUUGUCACAAAAUUCAUAUCUAUAAAUGGUUUCAACAUCCCUGUCUCAAAUGAAGGAAUGAAGAAUAUGGCACAAAAGCUAGAGGUUCUUUUCUUGGAAAAUGUCCAAGGAGACUUCAAAAACAUCUUCCCUAGCAUGAUUCCAAUAAAAAAAGAGUGUAUGAAAGAGUUGACAGAAUUUUUACUUCACGGUUCCGACAACAUAGAAUGCUUCAUUGACACCACAAAUCAUCAACUAUUUCAGGCUACAACUGUUUUCUCCAGGUUGCUAAAGCUAAGAAUUAAAACCAUGAAGUGCUUCAAGGCCUUGUGCUGUGGUCCGCUUCCUUUCAAUCUUUUUGAGAAUUUACAAGAGCUGUUCAUUGCAGAGUGUAGCCAAUUGCACUGUAUUGUCUCUGUGGGCAAGCUGAAUUUUUGUAAUCUCAAGCACUUACAAUUGGAGGAUUGUCCAAAGUUGGCAUCUAUCUUCACAUAUUCCACUGCUCAAACUAUGGUCUCGUUGGAAAUCCUGACAGUACGAGAUUGCAUCUCCCUGAAGCAUAUAAUAGAAGAUGAGGAGGAAGAUGACAUUACUCUGGCAGUGCCUAUCUUCCAAAGUUUGAAACGAGCGUGCGUCAAGGGAUGUCAGCAUUUGGAAUUCAUCAUACCAGCAUCUUCUCUUGGCGGCCUUUCACAACUAGAGAGUCUGGAAAUAGAAGAUGCCAGUCUGUUGAAACAUGUAUUUGGUAAAUAUGAACGUGAAGAAGGCCAAAAUCAGAGUGAAUCCAACGGUAUGGUUGGUCUUCCAUAUCUGAAAAUUUUAAAACUUGUUGACUUGCCAAAUGUCACAAGCAUCGGCCCACAGAGUUAUCACAUAAGUUGGCCGAAUGUUGCUAAACAAUAUAUAAAGGGAUGUCCACAAUUGAGCAUCCCAUCUGAUUUAGAUUCAGAAGCAAUUCAGCAAAGUGGUGGCAAGUCCAGGGAGCAGGAGUUGGAAUUUCCAGCAAAACAAAGCAGCGACAUGGUUGUGGAAAGCGUAGAAAAAAGGAAAGAAGUUGAUGAGGCAGUUGUUGGAAAUCAUUCUGUACAUUCCUUGUCACCUAUCAUGGCUUCAGGUUCGAGUGAAUUUUUUGCCAGCCACCAAGACAAAGGAUUACCAUCACAUACUAGAUCAACUUAUUCAAAUGAAGACAGAGGCUUUGCUAUUGUCCCUUCUAAUAUUCAAGAUGAUUAUGUAAAUAGAGAGAAUCAGAGGGGCAAUAAUGACAUUCCAAGUGGAUCUAUCUCAACAGGUUCAGAUUUUCACUUGCUGAAGCAGGAUGAUACUGUACAAUCAGCUGCAGAGGUUCAUCCCCACUUACAAGAAUUCCAAAACGUGGACACUGAAGAAGACCUUCAAAAGCAUAAAGGCUGUCCAGUUGAUUCAAUGAACCUGCAAGAGAGUAGCAGAAAAACAGGAAAGGGAAGCCCUCAUAAGGAUACUGGACUAGAAGAAUCAAAAGUGGGAACAUCAACCCAGGAGUUGAUCGAUAAAGAACAACAGUUUGAACUCGAUGCAAAAGUUGCAAAGGUUCAAGACGCUACAGAGGUUCAUCCUCGGUCAAAAGAAUUUGAUGUAAUGGCUCACACCCAAGAAGGCCUUCAAGAGCAAAACUUUUGUUCAGUUGGUUCAAUGAACUCGAGAGAGAGUAACAUAGAAAUAGCAAAGGUCAGUUUUGACAAAGAUUCUGCAGCAGAAGAACCAACAGUCGGAACUUCAUCGGAGGUGUUGAUUGACAAACAACCACAGACUGCGACGGACCCACAACAAGCUCUUCAAGAAUACAAAGCGGCUCUUCCUCAGCCCGUGGAUCCAACAGUGCUUUCACCAAGUACUAGCAUCGCUACCACUCCCCUGACCUCAGAAGCACUGACUUCAUCUUCAACGAAGCAGCACCCUCCCGCAGUGGAGUUGGUUGAUUCUCAUGGUCUAUUUAAGAUUAAGGAAAGACGAGCUCGCUUACUUGAUGAAGCAUUUGUCAAAUAUCCACAUUUAAGGGAAUGGAAACUCACACAAAGGACUCCUAAGAUUUGCAAGAUGGGAUACAAGUGCUUAGCUGACAUGCUAGCAUUUUUAAAAUCAGAGACACCAAAGACAAUGGAUGAUUCAAAGAUGGAGGAAUUUGAAAAUCUAUAUUAUGAACUGGAAUUUUUUGGCUUUGACAAGAUUUGGUUGGCAUCUACUCGCCAGAGACUGAAGGAUAUGCUAGCUGAUCAUGAUAACAAGUUGAAGCAGCUGGAUCAGUUGGAGUCUCAAAUUAGCAACUUAGAAGAACGACUUAGUGAUGCAAGAGCAAGCUUGGCCAGCGUGAAGGAUGAUCUCGCAAAACCCGGCGAUGUAUUUGGCUUUUAAGUAUGGUUUGUAUUGAGACGUAUAGCUCGCUGCGUUCAUAACACUUCUAAAAAAACUACUCCGUUAUAUAUGUAAAAGUUAGUUAGGGGGUUUU